AAACAAAUACCCUUGACAAAGUCAUAAAUCCGUGAUUACGCUUGCAUAAGCUUUCUAACUUCUCCCCCUGCUAUUGCAUUUGCUUGCCAGCCUCGUGCCGAAAUAAAAAUAAAUUUGCGAUGAAGGACAAUAACCAGCAAACCACCUCCAUCCGCUGUCCUCCACCCCCUCCUCUGUCUGGCCUAUGGCUCGGGUGCUGUCCUUGUGUAGGCUUGUGAGGGCGCCGCAGCAGCCCUUGAGGCUGGCUGUGCGCAGCAUGUCUCUGGACCAGCGGGCCAGGGAGGUGUUCUCCGCCGCGGUGGAGAGCGUCCAACCGGACCGGGUGGUGCGCCGGAGCCUGGAGAGGCGCGGUGACCAGCUGGAGGUGGCCGGCCGCAGCUUCAAGCUCCAGCACAACGUGCACCUGGUGGGCUUCGGCAAGGCCGUGCUGGGCAUGGCGGCCGAGGCUGAGAAGAUCGUAGGGGAGCACCUGGUCAAGGGGGUGAUCAGUGUCCCCAACGGGAUCCAGGAGACCCUGAGGCAGCAUGGCAAAGAGCAGAUGCUGCUGUCGAGUGGGAGUCGCAUUACAGUAAUGGAGGGUGCCAAGCACAACCUGCCGGACGCUGAUGCCCAGCAGGCAGCUGACAGCAUACGGCAGCUGGCCAGCAGUCUGACAGACACGGACCUGCUCCUGGUGCUCAUAUCAGGUGGGGGCUCUGCCUUGCUUCCGGCCCCAGUGCCGCCCAUCUCUCUACAGGAGAAGCAGGACGUGACUCGCAGUCUGGCCGCCGCCGGGGCCACCAUCCAGGAGCUCAACACUGUCAGACGCUCGCUCUCCCUGCUCAAAGGAGGAGGCCUUGCAGCCUGUGCAAAGAACGCACAGGUAGUGGCCCUGAUUUUGUCUGACGUGAUUGGGGACCCUCUGGAUCUGAUUGCGAGUGGCCCGACGGUAGAGUGCGAGAUCUGGCCCGAGCAGGUGUGGGCGAUACUUAACCACUAUGGCCUGCCCGCCUCCUCGCUGCCCGCAUCUGUGACCGAGGUCCUAGAAAAUGCAGGCCAUAAGACGGCCAAAUUGAGUGCCGACAGCUCUUCUGGUGACAACUCCCGAAUCACGAACGCCAUCAUAGGCUCCAACAGUAUUGCGCUGGAGUGUGCGGGCCGACGUGCACGAGAGCUGGGCUUGCGGCCGCUGGUGCUCUCCCCGUCCGUGUCCGGGGACGUGAGGUCGGUGGCUCGACUCUAUGGACUGUUGGCGCGCUACGCCUCGGGCCCACUCCCCGCCACCUCCAGCCAAGCCAAGCAUCUGUCCCAGCUGGCCGACAAGUUGCUCCAGCUAGGCCCGGAGGUGGGCAUCGAGAGCUGGGACCUGAUGCGCACCAUGAAGGUCCUGGAGGACAGCCGAGACGAGACCUGGGGCGCCACCUGCCUGCUGGCCGGGGGAGAGCCAACCGUGCAGCUGACCGGGAAGGGCCGCGGAGGCCGCAACCAGGAGCUGGCCCUGCGCGUGGGGCUGGAGCUCGGGGACGGACUUGGCACCAAUGUCGGGGGAGACAAGGGGCCCGUGUUUCUCAGCGGGGGCACGGAUGGGCAGGACGGGCCCACUGAGGCGGCGGGCGCGGUGACGGACGGCGCAUUGGCGGAGGAGGCGCGAGGGCAGGGCCUGGAGACCGACGACUUCCUGGUCAAUAACGACUCCUUCACCUUCUUCUCCCAGCUGCGACAGGGCCAGCGGAUAUUGAUGCCAGGGCUCACCGGCACCAACGUCAUGGACGUGCACAUCAUGCUUCUGCCCCCACCACCCGCACUCACGGACUGAGGCAGACUGAUUCACACAAGCACAUGCACGUACACGCGUCUGCACAUAGACGAACCACUUGUGGACCAAAACACUGUGGAGCUUGAUCAGUACUCUGUCCAACAGCAGUGUAAAAUCACCAGAGGAGUUACUCACUGUUGCACCUGCUCUGGAGAGAUAGUCCACAAUUCAGCAAACAUAAAUAUUUCAAAUUGCUCUUUUUAAACUGAUAUUGAAUUUAUAAUGAUUUCAACUAAUUACCACCUCAAUGUCCACUUUUCUGAUCAGUCAUGCUUUUGUUUACACUAUAAGUCAGGGAAGACGAACUGCCAAUGUUCCUUUACUUACAAUGUCAAGACGUCUUAGAUUGAAAUACAACGGUUGAAAUAACCCUGAUACUUGCAUUGCCAAACUUGAAUUACUAAUCCCAUUUUUAUGUAUUUAAUUAACCACUUUGCUAAGCAAAUAAUUGAUUAAAAUGCAGUUUUACUUUA